AUGAACGAAAACUCUAGACCUCGUAUUCCAAAUGAAUGGGUAAGAUAUAUGUAUGAAAAACUUGAAAGUGGUGAGUUAACUUACGCAACAGUUUUGAAAAAAGUUCCAUAUUCUUAUCAAAAUGUUACAAUUUUCAAACAAGUUUCAAGAAAUACUCUCAAAAAGCAUUCAAAGAAAUCGGUGGUACACCAAAAAUUAAAGGUGGUCCUCACAAGAGGAAUUAACUCCAGAAUUAAUUUUGAAGGUUCAGAAUUCUUAUGA